AUGGAUCUAAAAAGUUUAUUAACUAAAAAAAAACAACAACUCAAGUCGUGUAAAACAAUUUACACAGAUACAAGUGGACGUAAAUUUUUAAUUCAUGAAAAUGGUGAAAAAUGCGAAAUUGAAAGUGGUCUUUCAUUUGUUGUCGAUACAAAACCAGAUUUUGAAAUAGUGAAAAUAAUUUCCGGUCUAUAUUUAAGUUCACAGGAUCCGUGUCUUAGUGAGGAAAUUCUUCGCGAACAUUCAAUAAAAAAUAUUCUCAGUAUUGGUAUUCAAGUACCAGUGAAAUUUGAUGGGAUUAAAUAUUAUUUUAGUGAAUUACUUGAUUUACCGGAAAGUAAUAUUUUUCCAACUGUCAAAUAUUGUUUGGAAAUUAUUGAUAAAAAACGUUGUUUUGAAAAUAUUUUAGUACAUUGUAAUGCGGGAAUUUCACGUUCGCCAACAAUUGUUAUUGCUUAUUUAAUGGCAAGGGAAAAAUUAACAUUUGACAUUGCAUUUGAACGUGUGAAAAAUGUUCGCAAUCGAAUUAAACCAAAUGAGGGAUUUGUGAGACAAUUAAAAAAAUUUUCAUCAAUUUGAUAAAUUUUUCGACGAU